UUGGCAGCACUGCGGGUCUGACAGGUGAGCGGCACGGCACCUUCCCCAGACACCUGUUAGCCGCGCCACGGGGAGGAUGUUUACCGAGGCUGUCCGCGUCGCCAAGGAGUCACAUCCCAAGACUGUCACCAAGCCGGUCAAGUAUGGCACGGCGGGGUUCAGGUCGAGGGCAGAGGAACUGGACUUUGUCAUGUACCGCAUGGGCCUCUUAGCAGCCAUGCGUUCCAGGGACACAAGAGCGGCCAUUGGGGUCAUGAUCACGGCCUCACAUAACCCACUACCUGAUAAUGGGGUAAAACUGGUGGACCCUCAGGGGGAGAUGCUAGCCCCAGCGUGGGAGGCGCAUGCUACCACCUUAGUCAAUGCCACUGACAACGGGAUUGCUGAGGCUCUGGAGGCUAUCACCAGCGCUGCAAAGAUCAACACAGAGAAUAAGGCAAUGGUCAUUGUGGGCAGAGACACUAGGCCGAGCAGCACCAGCCUCCGAGAAGCAGUGUUGGCAGGUGUUGCUGCAGUGGGAGGGGAGGUGAUGGAUCUAGGGAUCAUCUCUACACCUGUGCUGCACUAUGUUGUCACCUGUCACAAUGAUAGUGGCGAGUAUGGUGAGCCAACUGUGGAAGGGUAUUACAAGAAGAUAUCCCAGGCCUUUGUCAGCCUCCGUUCGCAUGGCUCCUCCUCUGCAAACUAUGAGCCUGUGGUCCUGUUUGAUGGAGCAAAUGGUGUUGGAGCACUUGCCAUGGAAGAGUUCAUGAAGCACCUACAAAAUACUCUCAAGGUCACCAUCUACAACAAAGAAGGAAUCCUCAAUCACAUGUGUGGAGCAGACUUCGUCAAGGUACAGCAGAAAUGGCCUGAGGGUGUGCCCCAAACCAUUAAUGUACGGUGUGUUUCUGUGGAUGGAGAUGCAGACCGUGUUAUCUAUAGCUUCUUGGACACCAAUAAAGGGUUCCACAUGUUAGAUGGUGACAAGAUUGCUACCUUAGUUGCAGGCUACUUGAAGGAGUUGCUACAGAAGUCAGGGUUAGCACUGAAGCUUGGCCUUGUCCAGACUGCCUAUGCUAAUGGAGCCUCCACAGCCUACAUUAAUGACCAGCUUGGUGUUCCUGUGGCCUGUGCCAAGACAGGAGUUAAGCAUUUACACCACAUGGCCCAGGAGUUUGAUAUUGGCGUUUACUUUGAGGCCAAUGGUCAUGGUACUGUUAUUGUCUCCAGCACAGCAAGACAGACCAUCAAGGCAGCUGUUCAAGCUAAAAACCAAGAUGCUGAGAGAUUGGCUAAAGUGCUUGAUGUCAUAAAUGAGACAGUUGGGGAUGCAAUCUCAGACAUGUUGCUGGUGGAGACAGUGCUGCAUGCACGAGGCUGGUCAGUGCUGGACUGGAAUACUGCUUACACUGACCUUCCAAACAGACAGAUGAAGGUAAUGGUGGCUGACAGAGCAGUAAUCACCACCACAGAUGCAGAGCGAGUUUGUGUUACUCCAGAGGGUUUACAGAACACCAUAAAUAAAAUUGUGUCCAGCUUCCCCAAAGGUAGAUCCUUUGUACGACCCUCAGGUACGGAGGAUGUUGUCAGGGUCUAUGCUGAGGCUUCAACUCAGGAGGAAGCAGACAAUCUUGCAGUUCAAGUUGCAUGUGCAGUGUAUGAGCAAGCUGGUGGUGUAGGAGACAAGCCAAAAGGUCCUGGCUAAGAGUUUUUGGGGCUACUAUUGCUCAAACUUAAUAGGUUAUGAGAUGGCUCAUUCAGGAAAAUAAAUGAGGUUGUGAAGUAUUUUUUUAAGUAAUGGUGAAUGUCUUGAGUUUUUUCCUUGCAUAUACAUAGUCAUUGGGCCUGCAUACUGUAAAAUUUAUGCAUAAACCAAUAUACUAAGUUUUGCAGAUGCUAUGUAAAAGAAGACAUUCUUUAAUCAUAUUUCAUUGGAUUUAAUGGACUAAAUCUAUAUUCACAUGACACAGUGUAAAUCUUUGAUUGACACAUGAUAGACUGAUUAACAUUACUCGUGUCUUACCUUAAAUUCUCGGGGUUCAAUGUUUGUUGUAUAAGAGUAAUGGAAUCAUUCAAUUUAGCGUAAUUCCUUUUUAUUGUGGAAGGCUUGCGUUAAUACACAAAAUACAGUUUACUAUACCAGUGAAGAUUUGGAAUAUUUAAAGGUUCUAAUUACUGCAGCUAUAAUUUGUAACUUUUCAUUAAUUGGUGAUGGGACUAUAUAGUGUUGGUUCUUAAUGUAUAUCACAAGGAUCACAGCUUUAUCAUCAUAAAACUUGAGUGCUGCCAGCCGAGCAGUUUCCUAUGCCCCAGCCCCUUCCUUGGGUCAUCACUGAUUAACUAGUGACUGGGUGAUGGAGGGGGCAGGGCUUAAGGAACUAUGUUCCGUUCCAUCCCAGAAAAGAAAUCUGCAUUCAGCAACCCUUUCCCAAAUUGUCACAGUCCGAGCAUUCCUGUUAGUCGAUAAGGAAUUGAUAUAUAGCAAUGCUAAAGACAACAGAAUUCAUUAAAAACAAUUGAAUACAUUGUAUUUACAUUUUUCUAGUACCAUCUUUAUAUGGUAAUGGAAUAUUCAUAUGGUAUUGGUAGAUGUCUGUCAUUAUUACAUAUUCUUUACUGCACAGAAUACCUGCACUAUUGCCUACAUAUAUCCUGUAUGUUUAUCAUUAUACAGAUAAUACUCGUUACAUGUAUUAAUAUGUUAAGAAAAUGUAAAUAGAAUGUUUUCAGUGAAUUCUGUUGUCUAGCAUUGCUAUAUAUCAAUUACCUAUUGACUGAAAGGAAUGCACAAAUUGUGACAAUUUGGGAGAGAGUUGCUGAUUGCCAAUUUCUUUUCCAAGAUGGAUUGGCCCAUAACCGGCAGCUUUGUGAUUCUGUAUUUAUUACCGAUUCUGGAAACUCAAGAUUUUUCUUUUCUGUGGGUGAUUCACCCAACACUUUUUGAUGGUGCUCUCUUUUGCUGGCCUUCCACAUUGUGAGGUUUUCAUUUUUCUGUAUCUUGGAACAAUGAAACCACAAGAGUGUUGACAGGAUUUAUUUAGUUCAUUCAGCAGUUUUAUUGUAUAUAGAUUCAACAUUCCUGGUUAUUUCAGAGGUUUUGAAAGGCAUCUGUAACUGGGUCUAGUGCCUUAAAGGGAGAAUAAACAUGACAAGCUAA